GAGUUACUGGAUGGGUUUGAACUGACAACCUUCUUGUUAGUAGCCCAGUACUAAACCAUUGUACCGCCAGGGCUCAGAACACUCAACACUCUACACAAUAGCUCUUUUGCUGUUCUGAGGCUUGUCACUGCUUCAACCCACUCUUAGAACAUAGAAACAAAAGAAGAUAUAAUUCCACCUGAUGCUUAUUUGCAUGAUUCAUAAUACUUGAACCCCAGAGUCCUGAACGUCCAACAUAGAGCAGGAACAGGGAGAGAGAAUUGGAGAUACCUGAAUGAUAAGACUUGUAUAAAUAAGCACCUACCUCAAAUUUCUCUUUCUCCAGAAACUGCUCAGAGGAAAUGGCAGUGGGAAAUCACUCCACAGUGACUGAGUUCAUCCUUGCUGGACUGACAGAAAAGCCAGAACUCCAGCUCCCCCUCUUUCUUUUCUUCCUAGGAGUCUAUGUGGUCACAGUUGUAGGGAACCUGGGCAUGAUCACAAUGAUUGGGUUCAGUUCUCAUCUGCACACACCUAUGUAUUAUUUCCUCAGCAGCCUGUCCUUCAUUGAUUUCUGCUAUUCCACUGUCAUUACUCCCAAAAUGCUGGUGAACUUUGUGACAGAGAAGAAUACCAUCUCCUACCCUGAAUGCAUGACUCAACUCUAUCUCUUUGCUUUUUUUAUUAUAUCAGAAAGUCAUAUGUUGGCUGUGAUGGCAUAUGAUCGUUAUGUUGCCAUCUGUAAUCCAUUGCUUUACAAUGUCACCAUGUCUUAUCAGGUCUGCUCCUGGUUGGUAGUUGAAGUAUAUAUGAUGGGCUUGAUUGGUGCCACAGCACACAUAGUUUGCAUGCUAAGAGUGGUUUUCUGCAAGGCUAAAAUAAUCAACCAUUACUUCUGUGAUCUUUUUCCACUACUGGAGCUCUCCUGCUCCAGCACUUAUAUCAAUGAAGUGGUGGUUUUGUUCUUCAGUGUAUUUAAUGUUCUUGCACCAAUCUUGACCAUCCUUGGCUCCUAUGUCUCCAUCAUUGCCAGCAUUCUGCAAAUCUGCUCCACUGAGGGCAGGUCCAAAGCCUUCAGCACAUGCAGUUCCCACAUUCUGGCUGUUACAAUCUUCUAUGGUUCUGCAGCAUUCAUGUACUUGCAGCCAUCAAAUGUCAGCUCUGUGAACCAAGCAAAAGUGUCUUCUGUGUUUUACACCAUUAUUGUGCCAAUGCUGAACCCUCUGAUCUACAGCCUAAGGAAUAAGGAUGUCAAACUUGCUGUAAAUAAAGUCAUUGAGAAAAGACUGUUUUGCAAUGGCAAAGAUUUCUGA